AUGGAAAAACAGGGCGAAGCACUGUUUUUGCUGACACAACAAGUCCAACAGCAACAUCAACAGAACCUCUACGAUGGUGGCAGGAGAGGUGCACCCACAAGAACCUCGCGAAAAAACGAAGGUAAACCAUCAGAACAAUACGAGGCGGCGGAAAAUGAUAACUUUGUUCCACAACUAGAAGCGGACCGAACCGAUGGCCCACGCGACGAUAUUGGCUGGAAAACACACCAAAAGAAAAACACAAGGCGUCCCAGAAACCCCCGAAAUGGAAAACUGGAAGAAGUACGUACCAGAAACAGAUCAGACGUCAUAAUUGUCCAAACAAAGCCAGAAAACUACUCGGAGGUUCUAAAGAAAAUUAAAAGUGGUGUAAACAUGGGGGCAAUCGGAAACAAAAUCUCCGCCAUGCGACAAACGAGAUCAGGAGGAAUACUGAUUCAAGUCUCUGGUGGGUCCCCUGCAGCUGAUGUAGUGCGAGCAGAAGUCUCAAAAAUAGUUGAAACGGACAUCUUGAUAAGAACACCCAUGCAACAAUCGCUUGUCGAGUUCCGCGGCCUAGACUCCCUCACAAAUAUUGACGAACUUGUAACAGAAAUAGUUCUAAACGCUGACACCCCGCGGGAGGCGGUAAAAGUUCUCAACAUGAGGAAAACAUAUGGCGAAACACAAUCCGCACUGGUUCUUAUGCCUUGGGAUAACGCGGCGAAAAUAACAAAAAUCGGACGUAUACGUGUAGGUAUGGUGUACUGUAGCACUAGAUUAUGCAAAAAACGGAAACGCUGUUUCCGAUGUUUAAAAUUUGGACACGAGUCUCGCACGUGUUCAGGACCAGACAAAAGCAACUGUUGCAGACGAUGUGGAGUUCCUGACCACCUAGCAGUCGAUUGUCAGGCGAGCACAGAGGACGCGGCUGACUUCAGGCGCUCCUUAACACAAGAUCCUCAACCGACAACAUGA